GGGAAAGGCCGGCACGGCCGAAGAGCAGGAGAGCCACCAAGCGAGAGACGGCAGGCAAAAAGGAUGCAGUCCUUGGCCAGGGCGACCGGAAGAGCGGCGGAGCACGCUGGCUGCUUGAGGCCACGAAAUGUCGCGUCGCUCAGCAGGCGGGGCGCUGCGGUUGCGCUAAAGGCUGCGACGGCAGCAGCAGCAGCAGGGGACAUGCCUCUGACAACUCAGGGUCGAUUUUUGGGAGGGCUGGCGUCGAAGGUGGAUAAGGUGCUCGCGGAGAUUCCGAUGAAGGAGGCCGUGCGCUACAAGAAGGGAAACCUUAAGUGGACUAGAUCCGACGUGAAGAGCCACUCUGAGGCACUCGCGUGCGGCCUUCUUGAGCUGGGGUGCAAGGCCGGGGACACGAUGGCGAUGUGGCUGCCGGAGUGCUCGGAGAAGCACGUGGCGCAGCUGGCGGCGGCGAGGAUAGGGAUGGUGGUUGCCGAGGUGGACCCCAAGCUUGGGUCGGCAGCAGCUGUCGAGAAAAUCCUAGAGGAGUCCGGCGCGGCGGUGGUGCUCGUAGAGGAAUCAGUCGUACCCAGUCUCAUCGAGGCCGUCCCGGAGCUCCGCCACUACAGCACCGACUCGGGACUCCCCUUCCGGUCGGCCAAGCUGCCGUCCCUCCGGCUAUGCAUCCACACCGGCCUGGAGCGAGAAGCGGCCCUGCUGCACUUCCGCAGCGCGCUUCUCUACACGCCGCCGGUCUCCCCGCUCGCCCAGGUUAACGGACAGAUCAAGGAGAGCGCUCCGCUGCACACGAUCUUCUCGGAGGGCACUGGGGGCACCCCCGAAAAGGGCAAGACCCUUUCUCACGCGGAGGUGGUAAGCCUUGCCUCCUGGCCGACGAUCGCUGCGAUUCUCAAGAAGGAGUACGUGGAAGUCUGAGCUAGACGCUCGUUUUGCCGUGUUUGGCUGGCGCGGCUGGCGUCGCUCGCAACCCUCAUCGAAGCUUGAGAUUUUGGUUGAGGGAGUGGUUAAUCAUGCCAAGGAAAGGGGGGGAGUGUGUGUCUUUAUUAUUUGCAUCGACCGCGCUCACAGGCUUACCAAUGAAAAGAUGUCAAGUCUCAGUGCGGUUGAAAACACAAAAACACAGGAGUGGUGCGGUAAUGCUUCUACCUUGCACUCGAGUUCGUUUUGGAGCACCAUCACGCUCAUCGCCAUUACUACAGCUAUUUUGCGGCAGUUCUUCUCUCUAGCCUUGCGUCGUUUGUUGUGAGGUGUGUGCGGCGGGGCUUAGAAUCGUCUGAUUUGGUGCAGCCGAAAUUUACUCGUUGGUCGGCCGACACCCUUCAAAGAGUACAGGUUGAGUCUGAUAUAGGUGGCUCUUAAAUGUCCCCUACGAUUUUCCUGCGAUGAGUGAGCGCAGCUGCUGCUUCAUCGCUUCGCCCCGCAUUUUCGUUAAGUGUGCUCUUUGCAACAGCGUCGAGACUUGCAGCUGAGGAAAGCAGGUUUUAGCCUCGGGUCGGACGGCAGUCCGAGGAUCAGAGAAAGACUUCAGUGGGAACGGGAAUUUGAGGCCUUAUCUAUCGAUUCCUUCGUGGUCCAGAGAGUUUUCGAGGUUACGCAUGAACUUUCUCCAGAUGCUGUGGAAGCAUUUCAUAUCAUCAGCAUCUAUCUCGGGAGAUAAGUCACCUUGAGGAGUACCUGUACGCAUUUUUUUUGUGGGAGGAAGGGGGGUCGGGUGUGCUUGGUUCUUCAACUACGCUUGUGCGGGCAGUACGAAUCGACUUUUUUCCACGUGCCUGCAACAGACCGGCCCGUUUCGAGGGCUGUGAACCGCUGUUUUUUCCGGGAGUGUGCCACCCACUCUUUCCUUACAACAACGAGGGCACAUCAAGUCGUGUUGCGGCAGUUGCGCAGAAGCACGCUAACGCGAACGUUCUAAUUUUUGGCGAUCGAUGGGACUCUUCAAAAAAGGCAUGAAUACU